AGUCUCAGUAAGUCACAUACAGUAAGAGAGACUCUCUGUGGGUCAAACAUCACUCUCUGCUCAUCCUGCUCCUCUCAGUCUGGUCUCAGUCCAACACCACGCCUCCUGUAGCUGAACCAGGAAGUACCUCCCACUGUGACACACAUAAGAACGGAGAAACGAAACUAAACUGUCUUCUGUGUGUGAAGUAAAAUGGCAGAAAGUGGAGUUCAUUUGGAUCAGGACAGAUUCAGCUGUGCAGUCUGUCUGGAUCUACUGAAGGAUCCAGUGACUAUUCCCUGUGGACACAGUUACUGUAUGGACUGUAUUAAGGGCUGUUGGGAUCAGGAGGAUCAAGUUGGUGUCUACAGCUGUCCUCAGUGCAGACAGACCUUCACGUCAAGACCUGUUCUGGGGAGAAACACCAUGCUGGCUGAAGUGGUGAAGAAACUGAAGAAGACAGAACUCCAAGAUGCUCCUCCUGAACACUGUUACGCUGGACCUGGAGAUGUGGUGUGUGAUGUGUGUACUGGGAGAAAACUCAGAGCCAUAAAGUCCUGUCUGGUGUGUCUUGCCUCUUUUUGUGAAAUUCACCUCCAGCCUCACUAUGACUCUGUACCUCUUCGAAGACACAAACUGACUGAUGCCACUCGAAACCUUCAGGACAACGUCUGUUCCCAACAUGACAAACUGCUGGAGGUCUACUGUCGUACUGAUCAGCAGUGUAUCUGUUAUCUGUGUGUGAUGGAUGAACACAGAGGACAUGAUACAGUCUCACUUCCUGCAGGAAGGACUGAGGAACAGAAGUAUCUAAAGGUGAAACAAAAUGAGUUCCAGGAAGGGAUCCAGCAGAGAGAGAAGAAGGUGCAGGAGCUGAGAGAGGCUGUGGACUCACUCACACGCUCUGCACAGGCAGCACUGGAGGACACCGACAGCAUCUUCACCCAGAUGAUCCGCUCCCUUGAGAAAAGGCGCUCUGAGCUCAAAGAUGUGAUCAGAGCUCAGGAGAAGGCUGCACUGAGUCAGGCUGAAGGUCUUCUGGAGCAACUGGAGCAGGAGAUUGCUGAGUUGAAGAGGAGAGAUGCUGAGAUGGAGCAGCUUUCACACACAGAGGAUCACAUCCAUUUCCUACAGAGUUUCCAGUCUCUCUGUGUCCCUCCUGGACCUGUACACUUACCCACCAUCACUGUGAACCCACACUGCUCUUUUGGAGGUGUGAAAAAAGCUCUUUCUGAUCUCAAAGUCCAACUAGAGGAAGCCUGUAAGAAUACAUUCACAGAGAUCUCCCACACAGUGAAAGAAGUCCACAUUGUGGACACCUCAAAGCCCGAUCCAUUGAGAAAAGUCCAAGUGAUUCCAGAACCCAGGACCAGAGAAGAGUUUUUAUACUAUGCCUGUCAGCUCACACUGGACACAAAUACAGCAAAUAAAAACCUCCGUCUGUCUGAGAGGAACACAGUGGUGACCCAUGAGAAACGUCUACAGUCAUAUCCUGAUCAUCCAGAGAGAUUUGACUGGUGGAGCCAAGUUCUGUGUACAGAGGGUCUGUCUGGGUGUUAUUACUGGGAGCUUCAGUGGGGUGGAGAUGUUGAAGUUUAUAUAGCAGUGUCAUAUAGAGGGAUCAACAGGAAAGGAAGAGGUAUUGACUGUAUCUUUGGAUACAAUAACAAAUCCUGGAGUUUGAUCUGCUCUCCUUCCAGUUACAGUUUCUAUCACAAUAAUGUAAAGAUUCAAGUAUCUGGUUCCAGUUCCUCCACAAUAGGAGUUUACCUGGAUCACAGGGCAGGAAAUCUGUGCUUCUACAGCGUCUCUAGAAACACAAUGACCCUCCUCCACAGAGUCCAGACCACAUUCACUGAACCCCUCUAUCCUGGGUUUUGGGUUUUUGCAACAGGAUCUAAAGUGAAACUGUGUUCUCUGAGAUGAGGGAGGAAACAAGAGCUGAACUCAAACUGAAGGAGGAAUCCUGUCUGUGUAACUUUAUCGUUCUCUUCUGACACUCCGCUUAUUUUUUGCUGUAUUUCAGCAAUAUUUCUUCAGACAUUAUCAUUAAAGUUAUCAGAGAGCUGUUUGAAAAUUAUAUUAUUAUUCUUUCAGUACAAGUGACACAGUGGUGCAAUAGGUUGUGCUGAUACCUUGUGGUUCCUGGGCUGCUGAGUCGUAAGUUCAGAUUUGGUUCAGUCUGUGUUCAGUUUGUAUGUUCUGUGUGAUAUGUAGUUUAGAUGAACUGGCAAUGCUAAAUUGCUUGUGGUGUGUGUGAGGAGCUUCCCUGUAAUGUAAUGGCAUCCCUUCCAUGGUGAACUUCCCCUCCUGCCUUGCCCCCUGUGGUUCCACGAUUGGUUUGAGACCAGCAUGACCCUCAUGAGGACAUGCAGUUUUGAAAAUGGGCAAUUCUUUCAGUACAGACACCCACACACUACAGGAGUGUCUAAUUCACCUGAACUGCUUCUUUUUGGACUGUGGAAGUAAACAGACUGAGUGGGGAUUGAAUCCACGUUCUUUCACGCCACCCAAGCACUAUGAAACAGCAACGCUACUUGCUGUGUCACCUAGAAGCACAUAGAUGCUGAUGCGGGACACAAAGGAAAUUCUGUAAUCUCACACACACACACACACACACACACACACACAUCUCGUACCAGGACUAUCUGUGCUGUGAUGUCCAUCUUCACUGCACCCUUUGUAAACUGGUAAACCUGGGAAAUCAGCCACAGAGCUCAGGUACAGUUUUGUUACACAGUAUUAUGUUACUACUAUUCAUUCUUGGCAGAUGUUUUCCUUUGUCUUCAUAGAUUAUAGUUUGAUACUUAAACCAUAAAUACAGCAAGAUGUUUACCAGGGGGGUGUGGUGGCAUAGGAGGUUUGGCCAGGG